AUGAUCCAGGGCAUCUUCUACGCACGGUUCUUCCCCCAGGAAGGGACCAAGAUCGUUGCUCAGUCGCCGCCGGGGUGCAUCGUGCCUGAGGGCGCCGGUCCUCAAAGGAAGCCCUGCCUCUUCGACUUUGAUGUAAUGCAGGAGUACAUCAUCCCACGAAAAGCCUUCUUCAACCGCUUUGUCGCGGUCAACGAGCCGGAGGGCAAGUACACAGUGCUGGGCCUGCCUGUGGCCAUUGCCCACCCGAAGUACCAACGAAAUGAGUUCAUCUUCAACUUUGGCCUCGUGGUUGAGAGCGAUGUCGACCAGAUCCCCUACGAGAGGGUCGUGCGGCGGUUGGCGGUCACGUUCGCCGAGAUGGAGAAGCAGAACGAGUAUCUGAGCCGCGACCAGAGUGGGAGCAACGAUGGGGGAAGAAGACCAAUCGGCAGCCUCUUGGAGAUAAUCAAGGAAGACCUCAACAACUACGGCGAGUGUAUGAUCCCAGUGGACGACGCAAACACAAUCAACAUGAAACUAUUCCCACACCACCGGACCCCUCCGGAGGUCAGAGGCUGGCACGUCCCAGUGGCUAAGAUGAAAUUCAGCGAGGUCGUCGACCCAACCUGGGACUUGACGCUGCAGAAAGUGAUCACGCACAUAGACGGCGUGAGCGAUGUCCGGCGCAUUGCCUUCAACGCCGACGUCAGCCUGGAGCUCACCAAGAUCGCUCUUCGCCAUCUCCUGUACUAUGACACCAUCCUUCUGCUAGAUAUGUUCUUCUUCAGCUCCUGUUAUGCGCCGAGGCCGGGAAUCCACGACUUCGUGACAGACGUGAGCGCCAACGACGGGUACUAUACCACCACUGCAGACUCGACCACUAUAGAUGGUCCCAGCGGCGCGGACGGCACGACGGCGGCCGGCGGGCCUGGCAUGGGUGGCGCAGCGGGCGGAGGCAUCGUGGACGAAUGUGCCAACUACGUCUGCAUCAUGUCCUCGGGCCAGCGCGUCACCGACUACCAGCUCAUCAAGCUCAUGACGACCUUUUGUGUCGGGCGGACGGUGGGCGAGUGGUUGCGCCUGCACAUGGACGCCGGGUUUGACGUCCUGCGCCACGUUGACGUGCGUCGUCUGGUCCAGUUCGGGGUCAUCAAGGGCUUGCUGUACCGGGUGCACAAGUAUGUAGUCUCAAAGCAGUAUCUUGCGGCGCUUGCGACAGGGCAGAGCCGACCUCUGAUGGGUCGGGAUGGGAAGGCCGCUGGGGAUCCGUUGCAGAGAUACAUGGACGGAUGCCACAACUUCGACCAAGUCAUCACGGAGCAGAACGUGACGGAUGGAGAGAUAAUGGAGAGAUUGAAGAGCUUUCCCGGUCCAACAGGGGAUUUGACCGUGCUCUACCGUUGA